CGUUAAUGGAAAUACAGAGCUAUAAGCUUACGCACAGAGCUUGUCGCACUAAUCUGGUAGUAUUGAUAAGACCGGCUACUUUGUAUUAAUUACAAAAUUCAAUCUCAGUCGCGCUGCUCUCUCGCUUCCGGAGAUUAGAUAGAUAAUAAGAAGAGGAUACCACAAAGCAAUUGGAACAAGCAUGGUACGCUCUUACUUUACAUGCCAAGGCAUUGUAAUUACCUUUGCAUUGAUUUGUCUUGUGAGGACUUUUGGAUAUGUCUUGGUGAAGGAUAUCCAUCUAAGGAUGGCCCUCGUUGGAUUCAUUAUUACAAAUAUAGUUUUCGUUGAUCUCUUCAGAAUAUUUAUCACAGCAGUUGGUGGAAAUGCAGAUAAAAGUGAAACAAAUUCCGCUUCUGGGCCACCAGGUGAAGACACCAGAGCAGAACAGCCAACCGAAAAGGAAACUGGUGACUGGUGGUUCGCGGAUGAAAUGAGACAGCUAAAUAGCAUACUAACAAGUCUUUCCCUCAGUUGUUUAACCUUCUCAGUUGUGAUGGGUGCAGCUUCUACUUUUGUUUCUGCUCAAGAGAUUCAGUGGAUGGCACAAGCAUUUUCCGUCUCAAAUCUUAUAUGUUCUGUUUCACUUGUACUAUUCAUGAAAGCUCGUCCUGUCCAAACAUGAAAUUAAAAUGUUUGAUGUCUGCUGAAAAAAGUGACUUUACUUUCAUGAGGAAUGCAAAUGUUUUGUUUUAGUGUUUAUUAAACUAGAUUUUUCAGA